AUGGUCGGGAAAAGCCAUAGAAACACCUUAUUAUCCGCUCUAGAUAUCAAUAGAGCGAAUUUCAGGUUGAACAAUGAAGCUUUAAUUGGGAAUCCAAUUGAAACCCAACUGGACAUUGUUUUGUCAAAGGAAGUUUAUUUUUUGUGGAGAGGUUUACCUCACAAUCCCCGAUGCAAUCUUCCAUUUGAUCGACCAGCAUUACUCAUCGAGCUCGCCUCCAGUGAACUCCAAAUCAUCCUCCUUUGCCAAGAUGAUAACACCAUCGCUGCCCUUGCGCAUGUAGCGGAUGAGACCCAAUGGUCUUUGACGAAAGACCUUGCUGCUGUCAAGCUUGACCAAUCCCAUUACUUUUUCUCCUUCCAACCCCCAAAAGAAACUGAGGAUUCUGACUCCAAUGAUGAUGAUGAAAAAGAGAAAAAGAAGAAUAAAAAGGAAAAGGUCAGAAAAGAGGUAGAGGAGAAAGAGGUGAUGGUGGAGGUAGGGGCAAUGGCAAGGGAGGUAAUAGCAGGGGAGUUGAAUACUGACAAGAAGAAGAUGGAGGCAGUAGAGGGACAGUGUGUAGCCCACUGGACGAAGCUGGCUCUUAAUGUAGAGGAGUACAGUGGGAUGACAGCAAGGCUGAUAACGGUAGGGUCAGGCCAUUUGGUUAAGGAAAUACUGUGUUGUGGAGAUGUGGCUGUGGAUCGGUUGAAGUCUGGGAGCAAUCCUCUUGCAGGCGAUUGUGGCCCUUGCUUGAGAAUGAGUGAGUUUCGGUUGUGGGGUUGGGCUGGAGGUUCAAGAUGCCUCCGUUCUCCUCCACUCCAGGUGUUGUGCACCUCCGCCUCUGUUGCGCAAAGAAGUCAGAUUCUUUCUAUGCUCUUAGACCGAUCUGUCAAUCCCGAUUUAUUGAAUCGCCACAAGCAGACUCCAUUACUGUUGGCUGCAACGCAUAGAAAGAUCUCCUGUGUGAAAAAACUCACUGAAGCUGGGGCAAAUGUAUCGAGAACUCAAAUCAUCGUUAUAAAAAAAGGGAGAUGCUGGGUAUUAGAAAUCAUUACACGUGAGGUUGUUCGUUUUCGUUCAUUGGAGAAACCGCCUUAUAGACAUGCUUAUUCACUAAAUUCAGAUUUAAGAUAUUUUGUAUUAUGA